AUUAACUCCGGGAUGCAGCCGGAGGGUCGAGGAGCAGCGGCCGACUCGCCUGCCUUCCCGCCACACCUCGGAUCUCUGUGGACUCGCGUCGGUGGAGCAGCCGCUGGAGGAGGCAGCCCGGCGCUCUCCCUGCCCGAGAUGAUGGCCGUGCGGGGCCUGAUGGGCGGGAUGGGCGGCCUGGUGGGCGGCAUGGGCGCGGCGAACCCGUCCCUGGGCCUCCUGCCAGGCUUCCCUCCUCCGUUUCAGCUGACGCCAGGGUUAGUGCCCGACUUCCCGGCGAAGUUCGGGAGUUCGCCGUCCUUCCCGAACAGUCGGCUGGGCUCUCUCCUCUCCCCUGCUCUCGCGACGCCGCCUGCCUCCCUUGCCCCUUUGCCGCCACCCCCUGCCACGCCAGAACCAGCGAUGCAAGGAACUGGGGACCAGAGCAAGGAAAACCCUGCAAGUGUCCGGCCCCUUAAAUGCAUCAACUGUGAGUACGUGACCACGGAUAUGACGACCCUCCUCGACCACCUGGACUCCCACUACUCCGUCAGGACCUUCCUCUGUGUCCACUGCACCAGAGCCUUCCCUGGCCCCAGGGAGCUCCACGCCCACAACCAGCCUGGCCAAUGCCCCUACAGGGAGACAUAAUCAGCCAGGUGUGAUUGUGGGCCUCCCAACCACGGAUGGGGUUCUACUCAAAGAGCCACGGCUAAU